AAAACAAAGGUGGACAUUUUGCCUAAUUUCCCCUAUUACUAUUCAUUGAUUUCCUCAACUAUUCUUUUGAAGUUAAAAAUUUCUAGUAUUUCAAUGGCGAAGGCUGCAGGCAGUGGGAGCAGUUCCAGAUGGUCUCUUUCAGGAUUUACCGCUCUCGUUACGGGUGGCACACGUGGAAUUGGGCAUGCGGUUGUGGAGGAAUUAGCGGAACUGGGUGCUACAGUCUACACUUGUUCACGGAAUGAAGCACAGCUCAACGAACGCUUGCAAGAGUGGGCUGUUAAAGGCCUUCAAGUCAAGGGUUCUGUUUGCGAUGCAUCUUCUAGGGAACAGAGAGUUCAACUCAUGGAAAACGUCUCAGCGGCUUUCGACGGAAAGCUCAACAUUCUUAUAAACAAUGUGGGGACUAACGUUAGGAAGCCCACCACCGAUUACACUGCUGAAGAAUAUGCCCGUCUGUUUUCUACCAACUUGGAAUCUGCAUACCAUCUGUGUCAACUUGCUCACCCUCUUUUGAAAGCAUCUGGAAAUGGAUCAGUUGUCUUUAUCUCUUCUGUUGGUGGUCAGGUGCACCUGUCCACUGGUUCUAUUUAUGGAGCAACGAAAGGGGCAAUAAAUCAGCUCACGCGAAAUUUGGCUUGUGAAUGGGCAAAAGAUAACAUUCGGGUUAAUGGUGUUGCCCCAUGGUAUAUAAAGACGUCUUUGGUAGAACAUUUGCUUGAAAAUAAAACAUUUUUGGAUGGAGUAAUAUCUAGAACUCCCCUUAGACGUCCUGGAGAAUCUCAAGAAGUUUCAUCCCUGGUAGCUUAUCUAUGUUUACCUGGGGCAUCUUACAUUACCGGGCAAGUUAUAGCGGUUGAUGGUGGAUUCACAGUCAAUGGGUUUGAAACGCCAAGUUUCUGAUCUUAUGUAGAGAUGGUCCUUGUAUCUUUUUUAUGUGCACACUCAUCUUUGUUUCUUAGUGAUCAAGUUGAGACUGUCAUGAAUAAAGCUCUAUUUAAUAUCUUCCUUAAUCCCUGUUUAUCGGAUCAUGAGAUGACAUGCCUUAUUUACUGAAUGUUUAAUUUAGUUUUCUAUCUUUUUAUUUGUUCUGAGAACAGCAUUUUCUGUAGUUGAUUAUGUUGGGCAUCAUA